AUGCAUACUAUAUCUGCGUCUCUCAGUAGACGGCAGUCCAGCUCGCCCACUGGUCUGCUGGGAGAGACUGCUAGCAAUUCCCAAGGCAGCAUCACUAAUUUUGGUGAGACAUCUGCACGGAAGGGCGUGAACACGACGCCAGCUUGGUCCAAUAACGGCUCCCAUAGCGGUGGAAGAUUCCGCCUGUUUUUGAACACGCUAUGGCAAGGGCCCAUUUAUGUGAGGGACGAGCCCCCACGGCCGAUCCAGGCCUUGAAGCGUCUCGAGGAGCUCCCGCAGAAACUCAAAAGAAACGUCUCCUCGCAGAAACAGCUUGUGGUUCUCGCGUGCUACCUUCUGUUGUGGCUCUUUCUUUGGACAAAAGCCUUGCUCCCUUAUCUUGUGUACAGCCCCGUCUCCUCGGACGGGCAAGAAGUGAUCUCGCUCACGUGUGGGCAGGCCGACCAGUUGUGGAAAGGAAAGAACGCCGCCUGCGGGCUCGACUCCAAGGCCUGCCGACCACUGUCUGAGGACGUGAUCGUGCGGUGCCCUGCGCUCUGCGACCGAGGCAGCUGGCUCUAUUCGCUGCGUGCAGUGGGCGCCGACAUCGUCAAGUACCGCGGGUAUUUCGUCGGCGGUGGCCGGCGAGAACAGCACGACGACACACUCUCGUACCCAUACCGGGCGGACUCGUUCCCCUGCGGCGCGGCGGUGCACCUGGGCAUCGUGUCGCCGUUUUUCGGGGGCUGUGCCAGAAUGUCGUACUCGUCCGGCGCACAAGCCAUGUUCAGGGCCACGCCGGGCCAUUACGGCGUGUCGGACUCGAUCGGCUUCGACUCCGUGUUCCCCUUUUCGUACGUGUUCAGGCCGUUGGCGGCCGCGCCCAGCCACUGCCGCGACCCGCGGCUCCUUGUGUUGCUUGUGAAUGUUGUUUUGGGUGGCCCGGUGGUGUACCUUGCGCCGGGCGCGGUGUUUUACUGGACCAUGGCCAUCGUGGGCUUCUGGACGAUAGUCACGGCAACGGACCCGCCCGUGUUGGUGGAGCCCGCGGACCCGCAGCUGUUUUACGAGCUUGUGUCGCUUGGCUUGGAGCGGUUUCUCCCCACGUGCUUCAUUUUGUAUGUGCUCUGGGUGGCCAGUGUGCGGCGCACGUUCGGCGAGGACCCGCACGACGUUAGCAGGGCUGGCUGUGUCGGUCUUUCCGGGGAGUCGCCGCUCAGCCGGCUUUUUCUUUGGUACCCGUUGUUCUGGCUCGGCGUGCUCAACAACAUCACGUUUGACCGCUUGCCGGUGGACCGGCUCACGUGGCACGACUUGCAGGAGCAGCCGGGCGCGCUUGUCACGGUGAUGGUCGUGGCCCUGCUCCUUGUGGGCUGCGUCGUGGCACAGGCGUACUACGUGUGGCUCCUGGGCCGCUUCUGGAGGCUUCUUCUGGUGUACGGCGCCGUGUUCGCGGGCCUCUUUGUCUUGGCCACCUUGCCGGGGCUCACGCUCAGGAUCCACCACUACAUCUUCGGGCUCGUGUUCAUUCCGGGCUGCUCCACACGCGGCCGCACCGCGUACGCGUUCCAGGGCAUCCUCCUAGGCCUCUUUCUUUCGGGCGUUGCGCGCUGGGGAUACGCGUCCAUCGCCGAGACCAACCUCUCGUUGUUGAGGGGCGAGCCGCUGGGCCGGACCGUGAGCCCGCAGAUCUCCGGGUUCAGCUCCGGCUCCUUACACUGGCACAACCCCGAGCUACAGGCCCCGGCGGUUUUCGAGGAGCCACGCCCAGCGAAAGUCUCGCUUUUGGUCAACGACGUCGAGCGGUUCCGGGGCGAGUCCAACGGCACCGUGGAUAUCGCCGGUCUUCUCGAGAACAACGACGAGCUCAGACGGCUUCUUGCAGUCGCGGGCGACACCUCCGAGACGCCGCUCUACUUGCGCUUGGCCGAGUACCUGGAACAGAAACACGCGUUUGGCGACUACACGCGGGCGGCCGUGCUCAAGGUGCCGUCCUUCGAGUUCGAGGCCCCGCCGCCGGGCAUCACGUGA